AUGGCGACUACGACGACACUGCCGAAUGGCAAUGGCGCGCUCAGCAGCGCACAUGCAGCAGAUGUACACGAGCAAAAGGUCGCAGUCACACCAAAGAGGCGGAAAACGCAGCCAAAGAAGGUCAACGACGAGGGCCUUUUGGCAUCGCUUUGCACGCUAGUUUGUGAGCACCAGAUUGGAAUAUCUGUCAACCUCAUCUCCCUCCUUCUCCUCACGCACAUGUUCUUUCCCCGCGCACGGAGCCGAACCACCAGGUUCCUGCAAAUGUCGUACUACAACCCGGAGACGAACAAGUACGCUUGUGGUACCGAUGACUUGCCGUUUGUCAUACUGUGGACUGUCAUCUUUACCGGCCUCAGAGCCGCGAUAAUGGAAUACCUUCUGGACCCACUUGCCAGACUCGGCGGGAUCAAGACGAAGAAGGGUCUAGACAGGUUCAAGGAACAGGCUUGGUUGAUUGUAUACUGCACUGGAUCGUGGUCAUUGGGCAUGUAUAUUAUUUACCAUUCGGAGUUCUGGUUCAAUCUCCACGGCAUCUGGGAGGGCUGGCCCUUCCGCGAAGUUGACGGCCUGUUUAAGUGGUACUACCUCGUUCAAUGGGGUUUCUGGAUCCAGCAGAUCCUCGUUGUCAACAUUGAGGAGAAGCGCAAGGACUAUGCGCAGAUGUUCACGCAUCACAUCUUUACAGUUGCCCUCCUAUUCCUAUCAUAUGGAUACUAUCACAUGCGCGUUGGAAUUGUCAUCCUGACUAUCAUGGAUUUUGUGGACAUCAUCCUGCCGACGGCCAAGUUGCUCAAGUACAUGGGCUACACUACCGUAUGCGACAUCGCUUUCGGCAUCUUCGUUAUCUCCUGGUUCGUCACUCGCCACAUCUUCUACAUGAUGGUCUGCUGGUCCAUCUACGCCGACGCGCCUGUCGACAUGGCACCAGGCUGUUAUAUCUCAGACUCGUCCGCCAACCAAACCCAAUUCGUCCCCAUGUCCGAUAGCGCAGCAUUCGAAGCCCUCGGCGGAAACAAUAUCUGGGGCAACCUGCUCAAAGCCUACACCGACCGCAACGGGCCCAUCUGCUGGAACCCCAGUUUUCGAUACUACUUCCUCGCCCUCCUCCUAACACUACAAGUGAUCUGCUGUAUAUGGUUCGGGACCAUCGCAAAAAUCGUGUACAAGGUUCUUAGUGGGAGCUCAGCCGACGACGUGCGCUCCGACGACGAAGGCGACGAUGAAGAAAUCGAGGAAGACAACACACGCACAAUCUUCAACGCCGUCACAGUUUGCAGUGAAUCGGGCAUGAGCGCAAUGACCCCGAAAGAAGAAGAGGUUGGUGUCGAUGGUCUGACUUUUGCAAAGAUGAACGCUACGAGUCAACGAAGGCAAGUGAGGAGGGAAAGUUCGAGAGCGAGUGGGAUUAGCAUUCCCGGACAUGGCGACCGGAAGGAGUUAUUAGGACGUAUUGGGUGUGACAAACCCAGUUGA